AUGAUACCCAUGAGUCAGAAAAUCAUAAGUUUGCGGGGUUCCUUGCAGCUCCCUGGGUUUGGGGUCCUCACUGGCCUCUGGCAGGCCUGCGGCCAUGUCUGCUGCAGGUGUUUGAGACUUGGAAGAUCAGAGGAGCCGCUGGACGUGGAGAAGGGACAGGUGCCCAUUCAGAGCUGGAGCAAGCCCUUCUGGAAGGGACAGACCAAGGUGCAGAUGAAGAUGAAUGCUGUGUCAUCUAAUACUGAAGUUUUGAACGCCUCGAGCGGGAGGACGGGGGCCGGGCGGGGACAGGGGCACCUGCGUAGCUGGACCGCGAGCCCGAGCCCUGCCUGCGCUGCCCCCACCCGGCCCGGGGCCCGGCCCGAUCCCAUCGGUUAUGCUUUAUGCUCCCGGUCUGACCCCCUGCCCGGCGUUGGUACGCCACCCCAGGCUGCCAAAGCCGAGGCUGUGUACCUGGUAGUGACUGGGGUGGGCCUGGUGCUGGAUGUGCUGACCUUGGUGUUGGAUCUCAGCCUCCUGCUGGUGUCCUCCCUCCUGGCUUCCCUGGCCUGGCUCCUGGCCUUCAUCUACAACCUGCCGCACAUGGUACUGACUAGUCUUCUGCACUUAGGCCACGGUGUCCUGCUUUCACUGCUGGCCUUGAUGGAAGCCUUGGUCUGGUUCACCUUUGGGGGCUUUCAGGCCUUGUAUACCCUGCUGUAUAGCUGCUGCUCUGGCCUUGAGAGCCUAAAGCUCCUGGGACACCUGGCAUCUCAUGGGGCACUACAGAGCCGGGAAAUACUGCACAGGGGUAUCCUCAAUGUGGUCUCUGAUGGCCAUUCUUUGCUGCGCCAUGCCUGUGACAUCUGUACUAUUGCUAUGAGCCUGGCGGCCUAUGUGAUCAACAGCCUGGUCAACAUCUGCCUCAUUGGCACUCAACCUCUUCUCCUGGUGCUGGCCCUGUGGGAUGCAGUUAUGGGCCCUCUGCGGAGGAUGACAGAUGUGGUGGCCGCCUUCCUAGCCCACAUUUCCAGCAGUGCUGUGGCCAUUGCCAUCCUCCUUUGGACCCCCUGCCAGCUAGUAUUGGAACUGCUGGCCUCAGCUGCCCGACUGCUGGCCAGCUUUGUACUUGUCAAUCUCACUGGCCUGGUGUUGCUGGCAGUGACAGUGACUGUGUUGCACCCAGACCUCACCCUGAGACUGGCCACCCGAGCACUCAGUCACCUUCAUGCCCGGCCAUCCUACCACCAGCUGCGAGAGGACAUUGUGAGGCUGUCUCGCCUAGCCCUGGGCUUGGAGGCCUGGCGCCAAGUGUGGAGCCACAGCCUACAACUGGCGAGCUGGCCAUACUGGGGAGGGGCACCAGGGGCCCCUCAGGGUGGCCCUAGGAGAGUAUUCCUAGCCAGGACCCAGUGACAGGACACUCCUGAAGCAGGGCCCAGAUCAGAGGCAGAAGAGGAGGAGGUCAGGACCAUCAGAGUGACACCUGCCCAGGGCCAGGAAAGGCUCAAUGAGGAGGACUCUACAGCUGGGCGAGACCCAUGGAAGUUGCUAAGGGAGCAAGAGGAGUGGAAGAAGUGCGCCAUCUGCCAGGACCAGAGCAAGACUGUGUUGCUUCUGCCCUGCAGGCACCUGUGCCUGUGCCAGGCCUGCACUGAAAUCCUGAUGCGCCACCCUGUCUACCACCGCAACUGCCCGCUCUGCCGCCGGGGUGUCCUGCAGACCCUCAAUGUCUACCUCUGA